GUGUCCGGCGUUGGUUGUGUGGCUGCGCGGCGCUCCGGUUCCCUCAGUCCGGGGAAAAAGGCGAGCGCCGGUCGGACGCCCUCCGCCUCCCCCAUCCUCUCAGGGAGGGCCAUGUCGACCGCUCUCUACCUGCUCUCCACGCUGGGCGGCUACCUGCUCACCUCGACGCUGCUGCUCAAGUACCCGGGCUUGCUCCACCGACCCAAACGCCACCGGUUCCGUUGCCGGCAUAUCUCCCACCGCGGCGGUGCUGGAGAGAAUCUGGAAAAUACCAUGGGAGCUUUUCGCCAUGCAGUUAAUGUAGGGACCGAUAUGUUGGAACUUGACUGUCACAUGACGAAGGAUGAACAAGUCGUGGUGUCUCAUGAUGAGAAUCUCAAACGAUCAACAGGACUAGAUAUCAAUAUAUCUGACCUCAAGUACUCGGAACUCCCACCAUACCUCUGCAGACUGGAUGUAACUUUUCAAAAAGAGUGCCACUGUGAGGGUGAAGACAAGCGCAUUCCCCUGCUGAAGGAGGUAUUUGAGGCCUUUCCCCAUACCCCAGUCAACAUAGAUAUCAAAGUGAACAAUGAUGUGCUGAUCAAAAAGGUUUCCGAGUUGGUGAGCCAGUACCAAAGAGAACAUCUGACCGUGUGGGGGAAUGUCAGUCAUGAGAUUGUGGACAAGUGUCACAAAGAGAAUGCCCACAUUCCUAUCCUCUUUUGCUUGCGCCGUGUCCUGCUGCUGCUUGGCCUGUUCUAUACUGGACUCCUGCCUUUCUUUCCCAUCAUGGAGGAGUUCUUGGAGAUUCCGAUGCCUUCAAUAAUUCUCAAGCUCAAAGAACCAGAGAAGAUCUCAAGAAGUCAACGGUUUACCAUUUGGCUUACUGACAUGUUGCUAAUGCGGAAAGCGUUAUUUGACCACCUCACUGCUCGAGGCAUUCAGGUGUACAUCUGGGUGCUAAACGAAGAACCAGAAUACAAGCGAGCGUUUGACUUGGGCGCGACUGGAGUCAUGACAGACUACCCAACAAAACUGAAGAACUUUUUGCACAACUACCCAGCAUAAAAGAUACCAAGGACAGUGCCUCCGAAGAAAAUAGACAGGAUCAAGCCAAGGAAGCUAGUCCAGCGAUCUGAUUUUCCAGCAACACAUUCACCCCAUUGACGGCAGACAUAAAUAGCUGGGAUUUUAUUACCUCAUUCUUAAGUCAUUACACAGUAUAGAGAUUGUAUACAGCUAUAUUUAUUUAAAAUUUUAAUUGAAUAGUUUACAUUUAUUUUCUUUUUGUAAAUAGCUCGGUGAGCUGUCAGUCGCUGACCUAGUAGAUAUAUCUAGAAAGAGACGUGCAGACAGGGUAACUCAUAGAAGUGGUAGGCAUAACUUACUGUGUAUGUUGCUAGACCUCAUCGCUUCAACUUCACCAAAUUUGCCUGCAGAAAGCAUUCCAGGAAGACAUAAUUUUGUUGUUGUGUAGUACGUGUAAAUGUUGCUAGUAAACUGCUUGACGUGACUACGUUACCUGGUCACCCCAGGUAAUCUGUGGGGGAAGCAAUAAGAAAUAAGAGCAAGCAACAUGGAAAUUCUGUGCUGAACUAUACAGUUCUCAGUGUGGGUAGCCUCCAGUCCACAGCUGGUUUUUCUGGGGACAAGCAGAGACAAGCUGUGCCCCCACCGCUCUUUCCUCUUCUGUCCCCUUGGGAUACUGCAAGUCCCAUUUCAACACAGUCACUGCUCGCUUUCUUCUCCUGGUUGGCAGCUGGGUGGGCCAGAUGUGGUCAAGGCACCCAGUUGUUAGUCUCCAGUGUAGCUUAUGAGACUAGCAACCUGUGUAUUUGUCCAAAAGUGAUUCUUAAAGCUAGCUAUAGUACUACUAUUGUAGGGAUAUUCAGGCCAGUUUAUCAUGCAAAGAUACUGAUGUGAUGUACUGACAAUAUAUUUAGUUGAAAUAUUUUUCAAGUUUGGAGCAAUUGGCUCUGAAUAGUCUUGUUGGUGUAUCUAAAAAUGCCUCUAUGUGCAUCUGUUAGAGCUCUGGAGCCUCGGCAGGAGAAGAGAAUUUCUGGAGCAAGCUGAGAAUCAAACGGAAAAGUCGUCUCCUUUCAUUUGCUGGCACCCUUUCGGUAAACUGAACCAGUUUCCCAGACUGAUACACUGGGCGACUUUUUAAAACUUGCUGACAAUUGGAGAAAACAGUAUCCGUUCAAGUUUUUUAAAAGGGCCUAUCAUGUGUUUUAAAUGCCUAGCAGACAGCCUGAAGGCAACAGAAGCAAGUACAGUGUAAAAUAUAAUGGAGUUCUUAGACAUACCUGUGCACAAGAGCAGAUGAGGGGUUUUGAUUACAUAGUGAACUCUCCUUUCACUGUGUGAAAAAAACAAACGCACCAUUCAUUGACUGCAUCCAUCUAGCGACUCCUCCCCACAGUGAUUCAGGGAGAUUGUCUACUUGGUGGGCGCGCACACACACACACACACACACACACACCCCGCCGCCCCAAGCAUCAGAUGCAUUUUCUGGGCCAGAUGUUUGGUGGUUUGGAGGGAUGGGGUGUGGCUCAGUGGCAGAGCAUCUCUUUUUCACGCAGAAGGCUCCAGGUUCGAUCGCUGGCCUCUCCAGUUAAAAAGUCUUUCGGUAACAGGAGAUGGGAAAGACCUCUACCAGAGACCUUGGAGAGCUGCUGCCAGUCUGAGUAGACAGUACUGACCUUGUUGGACUGAUGGUCUUAUUCCUGUGCGAGAGGGGUAGGGGCUCGGCCUUUUUUACGCUUCUGACUAUUUUAAAAUCUGUUCAGAAAGGGAAUGAAGCUGUCAGACAGACAAUCAGUGCUGUAUGCUGUCUGAAAUAGGGUGGCGGUUUUUGACAGACACGUGGAGAUCAGCCAAGCAAUGCUGUGAAAAUCAGGACAGGUGCCCCC